CUUUGUUCAUUACCACCACCGUCGACUCGCCUAACCUAGAGAAACAUACAUUCUACUCACUGACCUUCGCUAAACCAAAAACUACAAGUUCAACCUCCCGCAAAAGAUCCGCUACUACUCUCUUCGGCCAUGGCGUACUCACAGCCCUUCCCUCUCGCUGCACCACAAGCAAAGGGCACUCAGCUGCCCUCCUAUGGGCCCGAUCUCGCCGUUCGACUCAUCUGCCCCGAAUGCAGAGACCCCAACCCGAAUAUCGUCGAGCAGUUUGGUAGCGGAGAUCUUGUUUGCGGGAAUUGCGGUUUAGUUUUGGGUGACCGUAUUGUGGACACGAGGAGUGAAUGGCGGACGUUCGCCAACGAUGAAGGAGACGACCCUUCUCGUGUGGGCGCUGCGUCAGACCCUUUGAUGGAAGGAAUGGAGCAGCUUGAUACUGUAAUCAGCUUCCGUGACGGCGGUUCAGGCAUUGCUCGAGAGCUCCAACGUGCUGCAUCCCGCUCGCAGAAUUCUAGAUCCGAACGCAAUAUUAUGACGGCCUUCCGGGACAUAGGGAGCUGGUGCGACCAGUUCUCACUCCCGAAAACCAUCAGCGACAUUGCAAAGCAGCUGUACAAGCGGUCAGACGAAGAAAAAUUGCUGCGUGGAAAACCAUUGGAAGCUGUCAUCGCAGCUUGUAUAUUCAUUGCUUGUAGACAGGCGCACGUCCCGCGGACGUUUCGCGAAAUUUGUGACCUCACCCACGUUUCUAAAAAGAUUCUUGGGCAGUGUUACAAGGCACUCGAGCAGGCUUUCAAUCUCACCCCAGGCGCCUCUGCCGCCCACGCUUCCAACAACCCAGCCACCGGCCCUGAGAACCUUCUCGUGCGGUACUGCAACCACCUCGAUCUACCGCCUAAUGUCCAGUCAAUAUGUUCGGAUAUCAUUGUGGCGGCUCGGAAACAUGGGAUAGCUGAUGGAAGGAGUCCUGUCUCUAUCGCUGGUGGUGCAAUAUACUUUACUUGUUACCUUCUCGGUAAAAACAAGUCGCCGAGGGAUAUCAGCGCUGUGGCGGGGGUGAGUGAGGGUACCAUCAGGCUGGUGUAUCGACUGUAUUAUGCGGAGAAGGAGAAGUUGGUCAAGCAGGAGUGGAUUGAUGAUGGAAGGGCUGUCCUUGAUCGCCUGCCCGUCGAGUCGACGAGGUAG